ACAGAAGGCAUGAUUCACAGCAGAGCGAGAGAGAGAGAGAGAGAGAGAGGAGAGAAGAAGGGAGCUGGCGAGAAGGAGAAAAAAAACGACGAUCGGGAUCAAGAUGUGAGAUGCACGGGGAAGGAACGGCGUAGGCACCAUCCCGGUAAGGACAAACACAGCAUUUGAGGCGCGAGGACGAAGCGUUACCUGGACGGUCUGGAGGCUGGAGGCUGGAUGCGGGUUGAUGAACGCCAAUACAGCAGGUGGCUGAAGGAGAGAUGCUGAGCGCUGGGAUGGAUGGAUGCUGCUGGAUGGCAGUCCACUCACUCCGCUAAUGGCAAUUCAUUUCAACCCAGGAAACAUUUCCCUUUGACUCGGGGAGUUUGCAUUUACAGUUUUGCGUGACGGAAUCACCGAAAACUCCCAACGACCCGAGUCUACGUAGGAAAGCACGAGAGAUGGAUGUUCCUCAUCAACAAACAGAAGAUAAGCCAGUCUUCCAUCCACUGUGUGCUCUGUGCCUGCCUUCCAAACAUUGAAAAAAACCUCAACCGGCUCUAAUCAGGCGGUCAGAAUAGUCAAAAAUAUAAAUCAGCUCAUUUCAAGAACAUGUAAGGCAAUACACAUCUUUUGGACCUAGAAAGUGGACAAGAAUUUCCUUGUAUACCCCGAGAGGGACAAGCGGUAGAAAAUGGAUGGAUAUCCUCCAUUAUCUGAAAAUAUUUUGAAAGCUUGUUUUUAAAGAGUACACCCUUUCGAUCUUAUAUAGCUUUUAUAGCUACUGCAAAACUUCUUCAAAUCUAAAUACACAAACGACUUCACGAUUGACCCUUCAAACUUCCCACGUGUCUCCCAUCCACCCUUCCCACUGUCAGCCAUCCAACAAAACAUGGGCAAACCACUGAGCCGGCCAGGCUGUUUCCGGAAGAGCUCCUGUUGCCUGGAGAAACACGGAGUUGGGGAAAGAGGAGUGAGAGGGCGAGAUGGCAUCAUGGAAGGGGGAUACGGUGAUGGCUACGUACCACAGCGUUCCAUCUAUGACACCAUGUGCAUUAAUCAACAAAUAGACAGCCACCACCAUCACCACCACCCAGGAGGGUCCACAAGGCGCGAUGUUGGGGGUGAAGGGAGUUUUUACUCUGCCAGUGGCUCCCUGAGGGUCAGCAGAUCCCCAGCUGAGAUGUUUGAUUCUCAGCCAUGCUCUCUAACUCCUAACCCUUCCUUUGUCCGCCGUCUGGAUGAAAGGGCCAUCUUUGAUUCACUGAAACUUGGAGCUCAAGAUACAGGUGGUGGGGGCUGCCCUUCACCUGGACACUUCAACCGUUCAGUUUCUCCAGCUGUCUCAUCAUUCUCAGCGCCAGGAGUGGCAUCAUCAUCCUCGUCAUCGAAGAAGCACUCCCAUCACUAUCACCAUCACCAUGGGGACAGCACAAAGAGCAGAGAUGGCCGCCACUCCUGGAAAGUUCUCACUCCUCCGAAACACCUGGAGUGUUUGGACAUCACUACAAAUGAAAUGAUGGACCAAGGAGGAGGAUAUUUGAACCCAGCCCACUAUUCACAUGCUGGAGGCCACUCCUCCGCACUGACAUCACCCCUGAUAUCGCCGUUCUCUGGGUCACCUCUCUCCUCUGGCUACCAUACUCCUGUCUUUUUCUCACCCGCCAAACCUCGCCCGAGUCAAUCCCAGAGUUUGCGCUGUUCACCUCCACAUGUCCUUCAAUCCAGACAUUACUCCCAAACACAGAGCCUAAGAAUGUCCCCACCCCAUGAGCUUAGACGUUCCCCUUACCGAGCCCCACUGGUCCAACUGUCAGCUCAUGACCUUGAGCUGGACCUGAGAGAGCAAGGUGGAUGGGGUCGUAGUGAGCGAGAGCGGGAGUGGGAAAGGGAGCGAGAGAGGGAGAUGGAGAGAGGGUGGGCACAGCGAGAGUGGGAAAGAGAGAGAGAAAGGGGAAGGUUGGAAAGGGAGCGGGCAAGAGAAAGGGAGAGGAGGGACACAUCAACUUUUGGGACCUUCGGGUACGGCCGGCAAGUUCCUUCUGAAAGAGAUGCUGUCUUUUUAGAAUCCGAUCAGGUUUUGGACACAACACCUCUGUUGCUCUCUCAGCCUUCACCCUCACCAAGUGCUGCCCCGAGAAUGGGUACUGGUGCAGUGGGUAGGAAUAGGGCUGGGUCAAAGGUAGGCUCUGAUUCUAAAAGUGACAAUGGGAAUAUGGGCCUAGGGUUUGUUGACGGCAAACCUGGCUGUGGAACAAGAACGGUCAGUGGGGGUGAAAGCAUGUCUGAGGCUGACAUUAUGAUUUGUAUGCAAGGAAAGAAUAACGGAAAUUGGAGCAACUAUGAAAACGGAAACAAAGGCGGCAUUAAAAAGGGGUCUGAAAAAAGAAUGGGCUCACAGGUAAAGACAAGAGCUGAAAGAAGGGAUUUGGAAGGGAAAGUAGAAUGUGGAGUGCAGGUAGAAAAUGUGUCAAAAAAUGCCAACAGAGAAGGACAACGGGGAGGGUCAAGGUGUGGGGAAAAACUCUUCAGAGGUGUCGCUAGACAAGAACCUAUUGCUGAGGCUGUACCAUCAACUUUUUAUGAAGAUAGAGUUGUUCCUGGAGAUACAAAUGUUCAUGGAACUGGGUCUGAUUUUAAAAUGAAGCAAGAGAUUAAAACAGGGCCUGAAACUAAUAACAGUUCAAGGCUGGAAAAUAUUGCUCGAACAGAAGCUGGGGGAAUAGUUCAAGGGCAUAACGAGUUUAGUUCAGUCCCCUCAACAUUGGAACCUCAACUUGAGUUCAAAGUUGCGACUUCACAUGAGCCUGAGACAGUCUUAGACAUUGGGAUAAUUCAGGAGAAGGAGGAUGAGAGUAACAUGGAGACUGCAAAUGAAGAACACAGAAGCAAAAAUACAACUCAGGUAAAUGUUGAGGUUGGGGAUGAAACUGUCCCAGCAGAGCAAGCUCAGAAAAGCCCCGUAGAUAUCUCCAAAAAAAUAUCUGGCCAUGUUGGAAAGGGAUCCAAAAGCCAGAAGUCCAAAUCAUCUAAAUCCAAUUCCAGGACUCGACCUGGUACAGCCACUGGGCUGAGACCCGGGGUGCUUAGCCCAAGACUUAGAAAAGGCCUUGCAGACCUAGAGUCAACAAGCCCUGCUGAAGGCAUUGAGUCCACCUGGCCUCGUCGCAUCAUGGUCAGAAAGAGGACAGUUCGGCAGGGUGGUGCAAUCCAUAACCUCCCAAUACUACCCCCACUUCCCUCGGUUAUAUCUGCCUUGGAGAAACGCCGCCCGCACGCUCACCUUCAUUCCCGUCCAGGUCACCACUCGGAAAACCCGCUUACUACAGAUCUCGCCAUUUUUACAGGCCGAUUCUCGCUGAAAGAGCCGUCUCAUCAAGAACAAGUACAGGGCGCAGGUUUAGUAGGAAGAGCCUCCUUGAAGGAGCAGAACUUGGAGCACUGGAGGGUCUACAGAGACCAGGACGAACCUAAGAGAUCCCGGAGCAAAGAAAAACAAGGAGAGACCACAAAGGAAAGCAAUGAUGAGGAGAAGAGAGGGACAGAGCGGAUUGGUGAACAUGAUAAGAUUCAUGAUAAAACCAAGGACAAGGCUACUUUCAAAGAAAUCGAACAAGACACAAUCAAAGUAAACUCGGAAGAAAAAGUCUCAGAAAGGGCAGUCAUAGAAGAAAGGCGUCAUUUAACGAUUAAUGAGGAGACCGAAACCGGAAAUAUUCAAGAUAGACCACAAAAGCAACAGGGCCAAAGAUCAGUGGAAGUCACGGUGGAGUUAAAGAAAGAAGAAUGUGUGGUGGACGUAAGUGACAGAGAUACUUUUGGAGAAGAACAGGGGAUGGGGAACUGGGAUUCCGUACUCGAGAUGGUCAACACAUUAUGGGAUGACGGCUGGGAUAAAGGAGGAGCGGCAGGAGGCGAUACAGAUUCCUUAUCAGGUUCCCUUCAACGCUGGCCUCUUCUCCGGCCCCCGGUGGGCUUCGGAGGCUCCCACCCGCCCUCCUCUGCAGCCUCUGAGCUCAGCUUGACAGAGUUAGAGCGCAGAGCGAGAGAGCUGGAUACCGACUUGGAGCACCUGGACCUGUCUCAGACCCACAGAGACAGCCCAGAUUUGUACCAAACACAGGUGGAGUCUCAAAAGGAACACGCUGACACCUACCAAACACACCCUGGGCCGCAAAGAGAGAAAGGGGCUCUUUUACCAGGUGUGGGGAGCAGGUUCCUGGUCAAUCUGGAGCUCAGCUCCAAAGUCCCUUUACCUGCCACCGACGCAGACAAAGACCCCGUGGGAUGGUCAACUACUUCUUCCACUGGGACUUUGACUGUUGGCACAAGCCCCAAUAAAGAGGACAGCUCUCCAGACUCCAACCUAACUCUGGAAUCUGACUCCAGUGGCAUUUUUCUGUCGUCCAAUCAGAGCCAGGACGAAGGCGGCUCCGACAGCGACCAGCCAAUCAGCGGCUCCGACCUCGGCGGCAGCAGCACGUCCCUGGAGAAGGACGGGGACGAAGUCAAUUUGAAGGAAUGGGGCAGGGAGGAAAGCGCUGAGCUCCAAUGGUGCUACCCCUCGCUCCUCGACACCUCCGCGCAGGAAGACCUCCAAACGAACCCUGAAAGGGAAGGGGAUGCCCGUGGUACGGGAGGGGAUGGGAACGGGUGGAGGGAUGGUAAAACGGUUUCGACUUACCAGGCCACGCUGGACACGGUCGGGAGUGUUUCUCACAGGCCGAGCAGAAAGGUGAGCAUCUUGGCAGAUGACCCGCUUCUUCCUCCGUCUCCCUCCAGGCAGCCAAUAAAACACCUUCUGGAUCAGUACCACAAGCCCUUCCGAAGCUCAGGACUGGACUGUGGGGACAUUGAUCCCUUCGUCCAACCGGAUAACUUUGUUUACCUCGCCGUGUCCGAAAGACCACACGGUGAGCUCCCCACGGUGACGGGGUUUCCUACCCAAGAGAUCCUGCGCCAACACUUUGACAACAAGAAGACCAUCCUGGAACCGGACGCCAAGACUUCUCACCUGGUGCCCUAUAAACCGGAGGAGGGAGACUUUUUGUGCACGGACAGUUUCGUAUACCUCGCUGCUCCGGACUGCCUGCUCCUGGGUCCUGAAGGAUCUACAUCGUACAGUGGCAGGGAGUCAGACUCUGAAAGUUCAGACUCUGGUCCUGUCGACGAGUCAGUACUGGGUUGCGGUGCGGUGGCAGGAGACAGCGACUGGGACUCGGACAUGUCUGACUCGGAUCCCCGUCGCCCCUCCAGAGUCGCCGCCGCCGGGCUUAAACCCGUUGGAGAGGCGCAGCCCGCCCUGCUGCCGGAGGAACCGCGUUGGGACUCCUUUGAAGAAAACACAGAACCUCAAGUGCUGGGUGAGCCACUCGAGGGGAUGGCGUCGUCCCACGCUACGGCAACACCGGCCAGUCAGGGGUCGACAGAGACGUCGUCGAGCUCCGCUGAGCUCUCGUCGUCCACCAAGAAGGUCACGUGGCAGUUCAAACCCGCCCAGAGGUCCGUCUGCACGGGCAGCCGGAAGGAGAAGGAAGGUCCAUCGUCCGUGGCGAGGAUAACUGAACUCGGUGGAAGCGGGGAGCACAGACCUCCCCCUUCCUGCUCAUCACCUUCAUCAUCAUCCUCAUCGUCCUCUUCAUCCGGCUAGCACUCGGGCUUUUGGCAGGAGCUUUUCAACGCCUCAGCUGAGUUGCUUCCUGGAAAACUGAUACGUUCUUCAAGUUUCUCUGGCUUAAAACAAUCAUGAAUGUUUUGAAUCGCGUACCUAGCUUGUGCCAUUGCCACGCGACGCUGUAAAAAAAAAGCUAAGUAUAUACGAUUUGUUGAUGAUCCAGUCCACACCCGAGGGCCGUACACUGAAACAUUUAAAGAUCCUAAAACCAAACCAAAGUAGGUCACGGUACGCUUGGCUAUUUGAUGAAAAUGUAGACAUCUCGGCUUUGUGUUGCAUGUGGCAAAGCAAACAUUGGUUGGUUGGGGUGCAACCGUACCCCAUUAUCAUGCUUUGGUGCAUACCUCAAGUUUAGGGUCAUGGUUUGGUUUAUUUUCUAUAAAGCUACUUAAUUUCCUGGAAACAGCUUCAAUGAAACUGCUGGCAAGGGAUUCCCCAAACAACACUGUGGAGAGGGGCGUGGCCUGCGGGCCUGCAGCGAGGCGGGGUGUGCCAGGACCGGCCUCGAAGUCAGCGA